AUCUCAGACCCAAUCUUCCAGCCGAAACCCUCUGUCCAAACAGUACUCUGAGAUGUCCAAACUACCCUUCGCCAGAACCUGCGAAAAUCAGCAAUCACCGGGGACUCAUCUGUCAUUUCAUUAGCCCUCCCCACCAACUCUCCACCAGACUUCCUUAUCUUAACUCUCCCCACGCCCACAGCCUCCAUUGUUACCCCAGCAACAGAGUUCAGUUCCUAUGGGCAAGGAGCGGAAGUUCAGCUGGGGCUCCGCCCUGGUGGGGGCGGCGGCCGCCACCGCCACGGCGCUGGUCAUCUCGUCGAAGCCGCGGGACCCCACCUUCCACCUCAUCUCCAUCGACCUCACCUCCUUCAAGCUCAACUUCCCCGUCCUCGACGCCGAGAUGAUCCUCACCGUCCACGUCACCAACCCCAACGUCGUCCCCAUCCACUACUCCAACACCGACAUGUCCAUCUUCUACGCCGGAUCCCUCCUCGGGUCGGCUCCCGUCCAGGCCGGGUCCCAGCCGCCCCGCUCCUGCCAGCUGCUCCGACUCCCGGCUCGGCUCAACGGCCUGCCGCUGGCCCACCACGCGGAGAAGGGCCCGCGUGGGCGGCGGGAGAUGGUGCUGGACUCGACGGUGGAUAUCCGGGGAGCCGCGAAGGUGCUGUGGUGGGACCAUAAGUUCAAGGUGCACGUGGACAGUCACGUGAUUGUCGAUCCUGUUUUUCUUGAUGUAAUUGAUCAGGAAAACAAAUCUAAGUUGGAAAUUUUUGUUCAAUAAUUUUAAUUAUGUGAUGCACAUCAAAAUAUUUAUUAUAGUUGUUGAUUUUAUUUUCCAUUUCAAGGCAGAAAUUUGAUGGCGAGCCAAAAUAAUUUAUCUGAAAUUCACCAACGAGUUUUCCCCAAUUUGUGAUUGGUUCGAAUUUCAAGGAGUUUUAUAUUUUAAUAAUAAAAUUGUUGGUAUG